UGUGUCCGAACCAAGUCUCGCUCUUUUUUUCUCGAAAGUCCACCACUACUAUGCUCUUUCGUUUCCAAGAGUUCAAUUUCAAUUACGCAACCAUGGAAAAAUCAAAAAAGCUUUUUGUUUGCUAUUAUUAAAUACCUCUAAAAAUAUGAAUUAAACCCUUUUGUGAAUAAUUAAUAACUUUAUUGACACACAAAUAAAAAAAUAAACUGCUGGAAGAUUUGUCGAAAUCUGGUUUCUUCCUUCGUUUUUUUCAUUUCUGCUCCUUCUUCUCCUUUUUUCACCUGAAAUUCUUCAUCUCACUGUCACUUCCUUCUCUCUCUAUCUCCCUCUUUUAUUUUAUUUUUAACAACUUUUUGAUUAGCUUCGAAGAUUCUUUGUUCCCACGAUUGAGAGAAGAUUCGGCAUUGUACAUAGAGAUCGAUUCAUUUGGAACGAAACUAGUUUGAAAAAUUCUCAACUUUGGGGUUUGGCUUUGUGAUUACGACUUGCGUUUUUGUUUCCAAAAUUGGAUUAUUGGUGGAGGCAGAGAGGUGAAGAAGGAAUUCUGGGAAUUGGGUCUUUAUCACGCUCUUGUAAUUAAGCGAAAUUUGUCAACUUUUUAGCUAGGGGUGAGAAAUUAGGGUUUGUGACCUGAAUUUUUGGGGGAAGAAGGGGAUCUGGGGUUUAGGUCAACGGAAUUGGAGCAAUCGAGAAUGAUCUGCUUGUUGGUUUACUAAAUCGACGGUUUGGAUCUGAUCGGAGGAGAGACAGCGCCAUCCCAUGGCGCUGUUCCGUCGCUUCUUCUACAAAAAGCCUCCGGAUCGGCUUCUCGAGAUCUCUGAGCGUGUUUAUGUUUUUGACUGCUGUUUCUCUAGCGAUGUUAUGGGGGAGGAUGAGUACAAAGUAUACUUGGGUGGCAUCGUGGCGCAGCUACAGGAUCAUUUCCCAGAGGCGUCUUUCAUGGUGUUUAACUUUAGAGAGGGGGAACAGCGGAGUCAAAUAUCAGACGUGUUGUCCCAAUACGAUAUGACGGUUAUGGAUUAUCCACGGCAGUAUGAGAGUUGCCCGCUUUUACCUCUUGAAAUGAUCCAUCACUUUCUGAGAUCGAGUGAAAGCUGGUUAUCGUUGGAAGGUCAACAAAAUGUAUUGUUAAUGCAUUGUGAAAGAGGUGGUUGGCCUGUUCUUGCUUUUAUGUUAUCGGGCCUUUUAUUGUACAGAAAGCAGUAUCACGGCGAGCAGAAGACGCUUGAGAUGGUACACAAACAGGCUCCUAAGGAGCUUCUUCAUCUAUUGUCUCCUCUAAACCCACAGCCAUCUCAACUUAGAUAUCUUCAGUACAUUUCUAGAAGAAAUUUAGGCUCUGAUUGGCCUCCUUCCGACACUCCUCUUCUUUUGGAUUGCUUGAUUCUCAGAGAUCUCCCACAUUUUGAAGGGAAAAAAGGUUGCAGACCCAUUUUACGUGUUUAUGGUCAGGACCCUAAAGCCCGAACCAACAGGAGUUCCAUACUUCUCUUCUCCACACUAAAGACAAAGAAACACACUCGUCUCUACCAACAGGAAGAGUGUAUCCUAGUGAAAUUAGAUAUACAGUGCCGCGUUCAAGGGGAUGUUGUGCUGGAAUGUAUACAUUUGCAUGAUGAUUUGGUGAGUGAGGAGAUGGUUUUUAGGAUCAUGUUCCACACAGCGUUUGUGCGUGCUAAUAUUUUAAUGCUCCAACGCGAUGAGAUGGAUAUACUCUGGGAUGUCAAGGACCAGUUCCCAAAGGAAUUUAAAGCAGAGGUACUUUUCUCUGGCGCUGAUGCCGUGGUGCCUCCUAUUACAACGUCUACAUUAUCAGAUGAUGAGAACGAUUUUGAUAUGACUUCACCUGAAGAAUUUUUUGAGGUGGAGGAGAUCUUUAGCGAUGUGAUUGAUGGACCUGACCAUAAGAGAGACUCGGAUAGUUUUGUGGUUGUUGAUACUGCUUCAGAUGAUUCUGAGGGUAAAGAGGUGUGGAAGGGGGAUGUGGAACCCAAUGCGUUUCUAGAUUGUGCAUCAGAUGAUUCAAACCAUAAACAUGAUAUGCAUGCAGAGACUAGCACGGAUCCAGUCAAAGAUAUCACUGUGGAUGAUGUACAGUAUAGAUCGGAUGGGAAGGCAGAUUCUAAUAUCGACUCAGUGAAGGAUAUAGGAAUAGAUGAUGGUGAUGAGCAGCGAAAGAGAAGAACAGUGGAAGCAAAGGAAAAUGAUUCUAGCACAGUACAGACUCAAAGCAAAGGUGAUGAAGAAAGUAACGAUUUGGAAUCUAUGAGUCAGAAAACAAAUACUAGUCUCAACAAACCCAUAUCUGAAAAACCACAAGCUACACUAAGGAAACAGGUCGGAGCAAAUGCAAAACCGGCUGCUGCUGGAGAUUCCCUUAAACCGAAGUCUAAGCAGCAAGAAACUCAGGGUCCUAAUGUAAGAAUGGCUAAGCCUAACGCAGUCUCUCGAUGGAUUCCUUCAAAUAAGGGCUCAUAUAAAGAUUCUAUGCAUGUGGCUUAUCCCCCGACAAGAAUUAACAGUGCUCCUGCCUCAAUUACCACUUCUCUCAAGGAUGGUAAAAGAGCUACAUCACCUGAUGGCGUGAUUCCAAAGGAUGCUAAGACUAAAUAUUUGAGAGCAUCUGUUUCUUCACCGGAUAUGAGGAGUCGAGCUCCAAUUUGUUCAUCACCAGAUUCUAGCCCGAAGGAAACGCCUUCUUCUCUACCUCCUGCCUCUCCACAUCAGGCUCCUCCACCCCUGCCUUCUUUAACCAGUGAGGCCAAAACAGUUUUACACUCUUCACAAGCAGUUGCAUCACCUCCUCCUCCUCCGCCCCCACCACCAUUGCCAACUUACAGCCACUAUCAAACAUCUCAGCUCCCACCACCACCUCCGCCUCCUCCUCCUUUUUCAUCUGAGAGACCAAACAGUGGAACUGUGUUGCCUCCACCACCACCGCCUCCUCCUCCUUUUUCAUCUGAGAGACCAAACAGUGGAACUGUGUUGCCUCCACCACCACCACCACCUCUUCCUUUUUCAUCUGAGAGACCAAACAGUGGAACUGUAUUGCCUCCCCCACCAUCUCCACCUUGGAAGUCUGUCUAUGCUUCAGCUUUGGCGAUUCCUGCAAUAUGUUCUACAUCUCAAGCCCCUACGUCUUCACCAACUCCACCACCACCUCCGCCUGCAUACUAUUCAGUAGGUCAAAAGAGCAGUGACUUGCAAACAUCUCAGCUACCAUCGCCGCCGCCUCCUCCUCCACCACCUCCGUUUGCAUCUGUGAGGCGAAACAGUGAAACUUUGUUGCCUCCACCUCCACCUCCUCCACCACCUCCGUUUGCAUCUGUGAGGCGAAACAGUGAAACUUUGUUGCCUCCACCUCCACCUCCACCACCUUGGAAGUCUCUGUAUGCUUCGACUUUUGAAACUCAUGAGGCGUGCUCUACAUCUUCUUCCCCACCACCACCACCACCACCUCCUCCUUUUAGCCCAUUAAAUACAACAAAAGCAAAUGAUUACAUCCUCCCUCCUCCCCCUCUACCUUACACUAGUAUUGCACCUUCACCAUCAGUCAAGAUCCUUCCUUUACAUGGUAUUUCCAGUGCUCCAUCUCCACCUGUUAAAACAGCUCCUCCACCACCUCCACCUCCUCCUUUUAGUAAUGCACAUUCAGUACUUUCCCCUCCUCCACCGAGCUAUGGAUCUCCACCCCCACCACCGCCUCCUCCACCGAGCUAUGGAUCUCCACCCCCACCACCUCCUCCUCCACCGAGCUAUGGAUCUCCACCCCCACCACCUCCUCCUCCACCGGGCUAUGGAUCUCCACCCCCACCCCCACCUCCUCCACCAAGUUAUGGAUCUCCACCCCCACCCCCACCUCCUCCUUUCAGUCAUGUAAGCUCAAUUCCACCGCCGCCACCGCCUCCCCCUAUGCAUGGAGGAGCUCCACCGCCGCCACCGCCUCCCCCUAUGCAUGGAGGAGCUCCACCACCGCCGCCGCCUCCCCCUAUGCAUGGAGGAGCUCCACCGCCGCCGCCGCCUCCCCCUAUGCAUGGAGGAGCUCCACCGCCACCGCCGCCCCCUAUGUUUGGAGGAGCCCAACCGCCGCCGCCUCCCCCUAUGCGUGGAGGAGCUCCACCGCCGCCGCCUCCCCCGAUGCGUGGAGGAGCCCCACCGCCGCCACCUCCCCCUAUGCGUGGAGGAGCCCCACCACCGCCGCCUCCCCCGAUGCAUGGAGGAGCUCCACCGCCGCCGCCUCCCCCGAUGCGUGGAGGAGCCCCGCCACCACCUCCGCCUCCUGGCGGUAGAGGGCCUGGUGCACCGCCGCCUCCACCACCUCCUGGUGGCCGUGCUCCUGGUCCACCCCCACCUCCUGGACCAAGACCUCCGGGUGGUGGACCUCCUCCACCUCCAAUGCUUGGUGCCAGAGGAGCUGCAGUUGAUCCUAGAGGUGCAGGAAGAGGGCGUGGUCUUCCUCGUCCAGGUUUUGGGUCUGCAGCUCAAAAAAAGUCUUCCCUGAAGCCAUUACACUGGGUUAAAGUAACAAGGGCCUUGCAAGGGAGCUUAUGGGAUGAGUUACAGAGACAUGGAGAAUCACAAACUCCAUCAGAAUUUGAUGUAUCAGAAAUAGAGACCCUCUUCUCUGCUACAGUGCAAAAGCCAGCUGAUAAAUCUGGGAGUCGACGAAAAUCUGUUGGGGCAAAACCUGAAAAAGUUCAACUGAUUGACCUUAGGAGAGCCAAUAACACGGAAAUUAUGCUUACUAAAGUAAAGAUGCCGCUACCUGAUAUGAUGGCUGCAGUUCUGGCAAUGGAUGAGUCUGUACUAGAUGUUGAUCAAAUAGAGAAUCUUAUAAAGUUUUGCCCAACCAAGGAGGAGAUGGAGCUACUUAAGAACUACACUGGUGACAAGACGACCUUGGGAAAGUGUGAGCAGUACUUCCUAGAGCUAAUGAAGGUGCCACGAGUUGAGGCAAAGCUUAGAGUCUUUUCUUUUAAAUUUCAAUUCGGCACUCAGAUAACAGAAUUCAAAAAAAGUUUAAAUGCUGUAAAUUCUGCGUGCGAGGAGGUCCGCUCUUCACAAAAGCUAAAAGAAAUUAUGAAAAAGAUUCUUUACCUGGGGAACACAUUGAACCAAGGAACUGCAAGGGGCGCUGCUGUUGGAUUCAAGUUGGACAGUUUAUCGAAAUUAAGUGAUACACGUGCUGCUAACAGCAAGAUGACUCUCAUGCAUUAUCUUUGCAAGGUCCUUGCUUCAAAGGCAUCAGUUCUACUGGACUUCCCCAAGGAUCUUGAAAGUCUUGAAUCAGCCUCGAAGAUACAAUUGAAGUCUCUGGCUGAGGAAAUGCAAGCUAUAAUCAAAGGAUUGGAAAAACUGAACCAGGAGCUCACUGCAUCCGAAAGUGAUGGUCCUGUUUCUGAUGUUUUCCGUAAAACAUUGGGGGACUUCAUAUCCGUUGCUGAGACUGAAGUGGCAACUGUAUCGAGUCUUUACUCGGUCGUGGGAAGAAAUGCUGAUGCUCUUGCUCACUAUUUUGGCGAGGAUCCUAACCGUUGUCCAUUUGAACAAGUUACUGCAACCCUCUUGAAUUUUAUAAGGUUGUUUAAGAAAGCACACGAAGAGAAUGUCAAGCAAGCGGAGCUAGAGAAGAAGAAAGCUCUUAAGGAAGCGGAAAUGGAGAAGGCAAAAGGAGUCAACCUCACAAAGAAACCAGUUGAUGAUAGCUGACGAAAAACUUAAGUAUCAAUUUGCAAAUUCCGCCUCAACCUCUCAAGAGAACUGAGCUAGUCUUGUAAGCCAGCAAAGAGGCGGUGGUGCUGUUCAAGUAAACCUUUCCGCAAAGCGGCAUUGGAUGCUUAGUGCGGUUAAAAAAACAGGCUCGGGUCCUAUGGGGAGCGGUUUCGCCUGGCGGGGGCUAUCGAGGAACCAUCGAAAGAUUAAGAGACAGGUCUUUUCGCCACUCACGUUUAACAUGAUUGACUCCACAUUGAUUUAAUUCUAACUUGUAAAUUAGAAUUCUUUCCUGUUUUUUAUUUCCUGAUUAGAGGAAUUUUUGAUAGAUUGGAAUGUUGUAUAGGUUUCAGGUAGAGAGAGUGAGAGAUGUAGAGCAUUUUGUCUAUUUAGUGUGUAACUUUGUAUACCUUAACAUCAAUGUUCUUUUUAGGAUUCAGUUCAGACAAUGAGACGGCACGUGUGAUAAACUAAUUAAUACAAAAGAAAAUUGCGC